CUGGGAGGCGGCCAAUGAGUGCACUUCGGGAAAGCGACGAGGCCAAUAUGGCUUCCUGCACCUGGUGACGGUUGAAGAAACUCUGUUAGGUCUCAUGGAGAAACCCCGGGGCGUUGAGGAGACUCCUUCAGAAGCAAUGGAGGAAGAAGAGGAAGAUGACGACUUGGAGCUCUUUGGUGGCUAUGACAGUUUCCGGAGUUAUAACAGCAGUGCGGGCAGUGAAAGCAGCUCCUACCUAGAGGAGUCAAGUGAAGCAGAAAAUGAGGAGAGAGAAGCAGGGGAGCUGCCCACCUCCCCCCUGCAUUUGCUCAGCCCUGGGACUCCCCGCUCCUUGGAUGGCAGUGGUUCUGAGCCAGCUGUCUGUGAGAUGUGUGGUAUCGUGGGUACAAGGGAAGCCUUCUUCUCCAAGACCAAGAGAUUCUGCAGUGUCUCCUGUUCCAGGAGCUACUCCUCCAACUCCAAGAAAGCCAGUAUCUUGGCUAGAUUACAGGGAAAACCACCUACUAAGAAAGCCAAAGUCCUGCACAAAGCAGCCUGGUCUGCCAAAAUUGGAGCCUUCCUCCACUCCCAAGGGACGGGACAGCUAGCAGAUGGGACGCCUACGGGGCAAGACGCGCUAGUCUUGGGUUUCGACUGGGGGAAGUUCCUGAAGGAUCACAGUUACAAGGCUGCUCCUGUCAGCUGUUUUAAACACGUCCCGCUCUACGACCAGUGGGAGGAUGUCAUGAAGGGGAUGAAGGUGGAGGUGCUCAACAGUGACGCAGUGCUCCCCAGCCGCGUGUACUGGAUCGCCUCUGUCAUCCAGGCCGCAGGGUACCGAGUGCUGCUCCGGUAUGAAGGCUUUGAAAACGACGCCAGCCAUGACUUCUGGUGCAAUCUGGGAACUGUGGAUGUCCACCCCAUUGGCUGGUGUGCCAUCAACAGCAAGAUCCUGGUGCCCCCACGGACCAUCCAUGCCAAGUUCACCGACUGGAAGGGCUACCUGAUGAAACGGCUGGUGGGCUCCAGGACGCUUCCCGUGGAUUUCCACAUCAAGAUGGUGGAAAGCAUGAAGUACCCCUUUCGGCAGGGCAUGCGGCUGGAGGUGGUGGACAAGUCCCAGGUGUCACGGACCCGCAUGGCCGUGGUGGACACGGUGAUUGGGGGUCGCCUGCGGCUCCUCUACGAGGAUGGCGACAGUGAUGACGAUUUCUGGUGCCACAUGUGGAGCCCCCUGAUCCAUCCAGUGGGUUGGUCACGGCGUGUUGGCCACGGCAUCAAGCUGUCAGAGAGGCGCAGCGACAUGGCCCACCAUCCCACUUUCCGGAAAAUCUACUGUGAUGCUGUUCCUUACCUGUUCAAGAAGGUUCGAGCUGUCUACACGGAGGGCGGGUGGUUCGAGGAGGGGAUGAAACUGGAGGCCAUCGAUCCCCUGAAUCUGGGCAACAUCUGCGUGGCGACCAUCUGCAAGGUUCUCCUGGAUGGCUACCUGAUGAUCUGUGUGGAUGGGGGGCCCUCCACAGAUGGCUCGGACUGGUUCUGUUACCACGCCUCCUCCCACGCCAUCUUCCCAGCCACCUUCUGCCAAAAGAAUGACAUUGAGCUCACACCCCCAAAAGGGUACGACACACAGACUUUCAACUGGGACACCUACUUGGAGAAGACCAAGUCCAAAGCUGCUCCCUCGAGACUCUUUAACAUGGACUGCCCCAACCACGGCUUCAAGGUGGGCAUGAAGCUGGAGGCCGUGGACCUGAUGGAACCCCGGCUCAUCUGCGUGGCCACUGUGCGGCGGGUGGUCCAUCGGCUUCUCAGCAUCCACUUCGAUGGCUGGGACAGCGAGUACGACCAGUGGGUGGACUGUGAGUCACCGGACAUCUACCCUGUCGGCUGGUGCGAGCUCACCGGCUACCAGCUCCAGCCGCCCGUGGCCACAGAGCCAACCACACCUCUGAAGGCCAAAGAGGCCACGAAGAAGAAAAAGAAACAGUUUGGGAAGAAAAGGAAAAGAAUACCACCGACCAAGACCCGGCCCCUGAAACAGGGAUCCAAGAAGGCGCUGCUGGAUGAGGAGCCGCAGGCUGCAGGCAAGAUCUCGUCGGAGCCUGUUCCUGAUGAGAUCAUUGCUGUGCGUGUGAAGGAAGAGCAUGUGGAUGCGCCCACGCCUGACAAGGCCCCCAGUCCAGAGCUGCCUGUUUCCAUUGAGAACAUCAAACAGGAGACAGACGACUGAGCCUGCCCUGCUGCCAGCCUGGCCACCUCGCGGGAAGCCAGCCCAGGCCCCUCUAUGCCCCCACCCUGCCACCCAACUGCAGUUUGGAGACAGCCUUUUUGCAUAAAUUCUGCCUGGUGCUGGGAGGGCCUGGCACGGAAGGAAGGACCAGCCCCGGGCUCUCCUUUGACCCGCCCUGUGGCCUCAGCCCUCCUUUGGGACUGCCUGAGGCCCCCACACUGGUCUGAGCGACUCCCUCUCCAGCUAGAGUUCCCGAAGCUCUCCCUUCCAGUAGCCUCCCUCCACACCCGCCAUACCCCUCAGUUGCUAGGGGGUGGGGGCUGCACUCCCCACCCCGUCACACUCAAGACAGUGAAGAGAGCGUGUGCGCAUGCUUGCACAGACGCCCAAGCAAGUCGUAAGGCCUGCAGCAGCUCUGGAGGGGUGACAGUUGUGACUGGUGUGAUGGGUACAGCCUUUGCCGAAAGAUUUAACCAAGUGGAGUAGCCUCUGUCUCCUGGGUUGGUACUCUGUUCCUCCUGGCACCCUAGGGAGGUUCGGGGACCCCAUGCAGGCACCCAGCUCUGAGAAGCAGUGACCAGGCUGUGGGGUUAUUUCCACACCUGGUGAGGUGGCCUUGACCUGUUUUCUCUGUUGGCAUGAGCACUGACCCCAUUUCUAAAUGGAACAGUGGAGCAGAGGUGGGGUCUGCUCCUUGGGUUGGGGGGCUUGUAGGGGCCUAGGGAGGGAAAGCUCGCCCCAGACCCUGUGCCACUUGGUGAGGCCUGUGGCGCGGGCAGGACUGGAAGGUGAGUGCGGCCCCAGCGUGGAGGCCCCAGCUGAGGGAGCCUGUCGCUAGCAUUGAGCUUAACCUGCUGCAGAGGCCAGCUCAGCGGGGACCUGCCCUUCUCACUCCCCUCCUGUUAGUCAGCGUCAGGUAUAGCCCUGCCUGAGUCUGGGGCUGUGACGGGAGCCGUCAGCCCUGCUGGCUGAGGUGGCCCUCCCUACAGGAGCUAGAGGUAGGAAGAAGGGGCAGUGGGACACACUUCCCGGCUCCUUGACUCUUCAGACCACUAAAUCCUUAACAGAUUUCCCCUCUCCUCUCCGAAAUCACAUUCUAGAAGUUCACCUAGUACCGGCCCAAAUUGCAGCUUUACUUUUCCUCAGUCGCCUUUGAAACUCGUCUCUGAUCAAGCUUCUCUUCACUGAUCUUUCUGGAACCUGAGGUGGAGGCAGCCUGCAGUCCUCUGCCCUUUUCUUUCCUCCUGUAUUUUUGGGUGGAGAACAGAACUGCUGGGUGGGUCCCCGUGUUGACCUUUAAGGGCCGUAGCUGUGCUGGUGUGGGUGUCCAGGUGCCUUCUCUGUGAGCCGGGCUAUGGAUUUGCUCAGGACAUGGGCUGUUUGGUGUCAUCCCAGAAGUGGGGUGACCAGCCCUAGGGGAGCCAAUUUGCCGUCCAGGAGAACUUGAUCCGCUCUCCUUUGCUGAAGGCACUAGGCAGCCCCACAUGGUGCUGAACCCAGAAAGCUGCCUUUGCUGCAGACUGAAUUCUCCAGGAAGUGACCAGGUUAGGGCCACCGUGAAGAGCAAGGGCAUGUCUCACGCCGCAGACGGGCGGUGGCAGGGCAGUGGCCUGGGUAUGCACUCAGGUCUGGGCCUGCUUCAGGAGCCCUGCUUCUGUUGAGGGUUCUGUGCCCAGAUGACUUGUCAUCCCCAUUCCUUCGCAGUUAAGGGGUCCAGUUCCGACUAAAACUUCUGGGAAAACUGGGCUUGUAUGGCAUUUGGCCGUUAGUCCCUUCUUCCUGAAUGAAAAAGUGCCUCCAGGUACCAUGGGCACAAAGCCCGAGCUGGAGUGGCCUCCCCAAGACAAUGAAAAUUAAAUCCCUUACUUAA